AUGUUCAACCUGACGGACCACAAAUUCCGUGAGAGGGUGGAGGACAACGUGCGGGCCCGAAGCGCCCUGCUGCGCAACAGCUGCUCCACCUGCUCCUACCAGUCGGUCGACAGACGGGCCUACGGCUGGAGAAGCACCUCCUCCAAAACCCGGCUCUUCUCCAGAGACAACCUGCGCAACAUCAGCUACACCCGGCUGAUCGGAGGCAUGGCGCUCUUUGUGUCGCUCAGCUUCGCCAUCAACUACCUGCUACUCAUGUCCUUUGGGGCCUCUCCUGUUCCCGGGGGACUCACCGGCGGCUUCCGGCUCACCCCCAUGGUCCCGGGCACAGCGCCACCCGGAGGAGCGCCCAUUCUCACAAACACAGCGCUCAUCAUCUCGCCAAAUUCGGACUUUGUGGUGCCUGCCCGAAUGGCCGCUUUCGGAAGAGGACUCAUGAUGGACGAGUUUGAAACGACCGUUGAUGAGACAGAGAAGCAAGCCAGAGAUGCCCAAGAGACAGACAAACUCGCGCACGACAUUGCCGAACACUUUCCGACCGGAAUUUCAGACGGAACCCCCAUCCUGAUUCCCCCCAACAGACGCAAGGAGCCCACAGUCAACGCACCUCUCAGAGGCGAGAUCGAGGUGGUCGGAGGAGAUGCAUGUGGAUCGGGUAAGCACCGCAACCUAACAGACAAGAUUGCGCUCGUCAUGAGAGGAGGCUGCUCGUUCUACGACAAGGUGCUGACGAUCCAGGGCUGGAACGCCAAGGCCGUUAUUGUGGGAGACAACCAGUACAACCGAGGGCUGGUGACCAUGUACUCCACCAACGAUACUGACAUGUGCCAGGUGCCAGCCAUGUUUGUGUCUCGAGCCUCAUUCGAGCUGCUGUCUACCGAAGAUGAAGUGAGCAUAAUUCCUGGCCCUUCGGCUACCCCAGCUCUAGACACUAUUUUGUUUCUGCUCAUCUCGCCCAUCUGCUCGCUCUCAAUCAUUUAUCUCAUGGUAUCUGUGCAUCGAUACUUUACACAGCUGACUCGACGUGCCCCCAAGCGAGCUGUUAAACAGCUUCCUGUCCGAGUCUGGAUGGGCCAAGGAGUCCAUUCUCCGACUGUAAGGGGCAAAACACAAGGCAACAACUCGUCUUCGGGAGUUCUGGAAAGUGUAGAACCCACCUCUACGGCUGCUGCUGCUCUGGAAGACUCUCCCGAGCCUCCGUCCACACAUUCCGACAAGGUAUGGGUGUCGUCUGACGAGUGUAUCAUCUGCCUGGAGGAGUUCACAGUGGGCGAGUCGCGGGUGAUGCAGUUGCCUUGUGGGCACGAUUUCCACGAGGAGUGUAUCCAGCGAUGGUUGACUACGCAGCAGCGAACCUGUCCCAUUUGCAAGCACGAUAUUACUCAGCCCAUGAGCUCUCCCGGUGAGACCACUCCUUUGGUUUAA